AUGGGCAUAAACUACGGUCGGCUAGGAAACAACUUGCCAUCUCCAUACGAAUCCAUUGAAAUCAUCAGAAACAUGAAAGCCGGAAGUGUAAAGCUCUACGAUGCCAACUCUGAAAUACUUCAACUACUUUCAGGAACAAAGCUCCGUGUCUCAAUCAUGGUUCCAAAUGAUCAAAUCUCAAACAUUGCUUCAAAUCAAACACUUUCCGACCAAUGGGUACUUGAAAAUGUCCUCGCUUAUUACCCUCACACUAUGAUUCGAUUCAUUCUCGUCGGAAAUGAAGUACUCAGUUACAAGUCCGAUCAAGAUCGGAGAAUGUGGGUUGAUCUCGUACCUGCCAUGCAAAGAAUUAAGAGGUCAAUCAAAGAACAAAACAUUAAUAAUAUCAAAGUUGGAACACCACUGGCCAUGGACGUUUUGGAAUCAAGCUUCCCACCUUCAAGUGGAACCUUUCGGUCUGAUCUUAAGGAACAAAUAGUCAUACCGUUGUUACAGUUUUUGAACCGGACUAACUCUUUCUUCUUCAUCGAUGCUUAUCCUUAUUUUCCAUGGUCGGAAAACCCAAGUCACAUGAGCCUUGAUUUCGCAUUGCUUGAAGAAACAAACCAAACUUACACUGACCCAAACAGCGGUUUAAUCUACACCAACCUCCUGGACCAAAUGCUUGACUCUUUGGCCUUUGCCAUGGAAAAACUUGGGUUUGACAAUAUCCUGAUCGGAAUAGCAGAGACCGGUUGGCCUAACGCAGGGGACAUAGACCAGCCUGCUGCAAAUAUACACAAUGCAGCCACUUACAACCGGAAUCUAGUGAAAAAGAUGACCGCAAAACCUCCCAUCGGAACUCCUGCUAGGCCUGGACUUUCCAUACCCACCUUCAUAUUCUCUCUCUAUGAUGAGAACCAAAAGCCCGGUCCAGGUACAGAGCGCCAUUGGGGCUUGGUCCACCCAAAUGGUAUACCUGUAUAUGAACUGGACCUGACCGGAGACGAAACAGAGUAUCUCCGGUUGCCGGAUCCGGUUAAUAACGAUCCGUACAAGGGAAAGAUAUGGUGUGUGGUGGGUGUGGCGGCUCCGGCGGUGAAUUUAAUGAGGCUUGGACCGGCGUUGGACUAUGCAUGCGGUGUGGGAAAUGGAACGUGCGAUGCUCUGGCGCCGGGGAAGGAGUGUUACGAACCGGUUUCGGUGGUGGCGCAUGCAAGUUAUGCUUUUAGUUCGUACUGGGCGAAGUAUCGGAGCUCCGGUGGGAGUUGCUAUUUCGGUGGACUCGCCGUUCAGACCACCAGGGACCCAAGUAAGUAUUCUGGUCACAGGGAGGGAAAACAAUUAGUCGGACUAUAG